GACCAUUUCUUAUUAUUAACGCAAUAAUAACCUAUGAGUAUAUUAACUGGAGAUAAAAAUCCAACACGAUUUCUCGACGGACAAUUUAAAACUAACCUAUAGUGAUUUUAGGCGAAGUUUAAGGACUAUGAAAUAGGUAUUUACAGUACAUCUGGUGCAUUACAACACCCUGUGCUAUAAUAAGCCUGUAAUAAGCACAUUACGUAACUACUGUAAAGGUAUUUAAUAUUGUUGUCGAUUUGGUCAGUGUGUAACGAAAGAACAGAUUUACAAAAGUUUUGAUACAGUUGGAUUGUGCUCGUAUUUGGCUCGUAUACUAAACAUACAAAGAAGAAAUUAAAAAUGAGUGACAGCGAUGAAAACAGUUUACUAGUUGAAAAGAAACACAUUAUUGAUAAUGACAAUGUGCCAAGUCCACCAGAAAUAGAAAACAUCAAAGAUGGAACCAAAAAGCUUUACAAGAAAAGUUACACUAAGUUUAUGGAGUGGCGGAAGAAAGAAAAUAUAUCUUCGUUUUCAGAAAACGUCUUGCUGACAUAUUUUCAAGAUAUGAGCACUAAAUAUGCACCUUCGACCUUAUGGGCUGAGUAUUCUAUGAUCAAAUCGACAUUGAAGCUUUAUGAAAAGACGGAUAUAUCCGGUUAUGGCGAGCUACUGCAGUAUUUGAAGCAAAAGUCGGAAGGGUAUAAAGUUAAGAAGUCAAAAACAUUUACACCUUCGGAAAUUGAGAAAUUUAUCAGAAAAGCACCUGAAGAAGUCUUUCUUAUGGUGAAGGUAGCCGUCAUUUUCGGUGUGCUGGGUGCUUGCAGACGACAAGAACUGCAAAGAUUGCUGUUCAAAGACGUCAUCCCUUUCAACGAAAUGCUACUAGUCAAUAUAAUGAAAACCAAAAACAAACUAGACCGAACGUUCACCGUCACUGGUAAAUACUAUCACAUAGUGAAAAAAUUUAUUAACGCCAGGCCGAAGGAUUGUAGAAAUGAACGUUUUUUUCUAACAUAUUACAAAGGGAGAUGCACCGGCCAAAAUGUGGGGAUCAACUCGUUUGGCAAUAUGGGUAAAACAGUGGCAAGGUACUUGAAGUUGUCGAACCCGGAGCUGUAUACGGGCCACUGCUUCCGGAGGACCUCGGCCACUUUACUUGUUGAUGCAGGAGGUGACAUCACUUUCAAGCCUGUCCAGAAAAAAGAAUGGACGAGCGUCGUUACAGACUACAUCGACCAUUCCAUUCAAAAUCAGCAGCAGCAGCCGUCACUCGAAGCAAAGAAGCCCACGAUAUUAAACACUUCAGACAACUCAGAUUCCGACUCCAGCACGCGAACACAGCCGGAACCUUCGCCUUCAGAGCCGAACAGAGGAGAGCAGUGCCGAUGCUGCGGCGACUUCAAGGAAUGUAGCCCGGUCGUUCAGAAACCAUACCUCAUGGGCAACAAGACUACACUGGCACUCAAUCAUUUGCGAGUCGAACUUGACUUCAGCAUAGACUCUCUCCCGAAAACCGUCUGCCGUGAGUGCGACGCGAAGCUUCUAGAAACCUUCGAAUUCAUCAAACAAGUCAACACUGCACAGUUCUCACUCGUCGCCGUCUGCCCAAACAAUGCUACAAAUGCACACGGUGCGGCCCGAAAUCGCAACAACGACUUUCAACACAUAGAAAUUGAUACUCAAAUAGUCAAAGCUGAAUUUGAGUCCACAGAUGAAGAUUCACGUGAAAGUAAAGUUGAGAUUUGUGAAGAUUCAAUAACUCUCGGCGAAACAAUAUAUUUGAGACAAACUCACAAGAGGAAACAUGAAGUUGAUGAUAAAAAGCCGAAGAAAGUGAAAAAGGGAAAAAGCGUAAAAAAUCAACAUACUGAAUUAAUAAUCGAUAUAAAAGAAGAAAGGAUUGAGAAUGAUGAUGGAAAUAGUGAAGAUAGCGUAGUGUUUAGUGAUACGAGGACUGAUGUGAAACCUAGUGAGUUAGAACUUGCAGAAAGUGCUUUUGAGUAUCAAAAAGGGAAGCAGACAUUUAGUGAUACACAUGUGAAAUGCAAAAAGUCUAGUGGUGAAGAGUGUAGUGACUUAAAUUAACACAAUAAGAUGGUUCUAAGACCUGAACAGUGAUUUAUUUUGUUUUGAACUGAUGUUCUCUGGUAAUAAGUGUAACUUUGUUGUAAAUGAGGUAAUUUCUUGAUUUAUUUUAUAGUUUAAAUAAUACUUAAAUUACCUUUUGCCAGAGAACAUUUUAUGUGAAAAAUAUUGUAUGUAAAAAAAAGUAAAUGGUACAAAAUGUAUUUUGUGCACCUUUACUAGAAAUGAGAUAUAAAAAUAUACUCUUAGGAUGAGAUGAGGUAAACCAUCAGUCCUAAACUAAAACGAAGGUUAAGUAUGUUAUAAGUAAUAUAAUUAAAACACAAUACAAGAAUAUAAUUAUUUUGUUAAGAGUUAACAUAAAAAAAGUAUAAGACUGAAUCUUUUUUUUAUAUUUUAUUAUUGUUUGUCUCGUUUUCUCACUUAAAACAAUGACAAUUGUCUUAAAAUAGUAAUGCAACACAAAAUGUACAUAUCUAGUUACUUAUUUUAAAUAAGUUAUUUAUUCUUUAACUUACCAAUAUAAGAAAAUGUUAGUUUCUCAAAUAGGUAUUAAAAUUAAAACAGUAUUGUUAGAAGACAUGAAAUUGUCCUGUUUCAAUAUUUAGUUUUGCGUGUGAUUUAUUAAGUCCAAAACUCCAAAAUGAGAACUGAGUAUGAUCCUUUUCAUACAAAAAUUAGGGUAAUUCUAUUUUCUACUUGUAUCUAAACUUUAGAAAUUUGUUAAAUAGCUGAUUUGCUAAAUGCUAAAAUAUGCGCUGUCGUAUGUGAUUUCUGUUUUUAGGGGUCAUCCAUUAAUUACAUCACACGUUUAGGGGGAGGGAGGGGGUCAUGAAAAUGUGACAUAUUGUGACAUGGGGGAGGGGGGAAUCACAAACUUUGUGACGUCACUUUAACUUCAUCAGUAACCGAAAAUUUAUUUAAAUUAUUUUAUUCGCUGUGCAUUUAAAUAACAAGUUUUUAAAACGAUAAUCGUUUUUAUUCGUUUAAUUUUCUUUCCUAAGCAGUUUUGGGUUAUAAAAUUACUAAUAUUCAUACCGUCAAAACUAUUUUGAUAAAAUAUGAAUAAUACACUUAAUUCGAUUUGGCGAUUUCGUAGAAAAAUGUGACGUCACACUGGGGGGGAGGGGUUUGCCAAAUGUGACCAAGUGUGACAAGGAGGGGGGGAGGGGUCAAAAAACCUAGAAAUUCGUGUGACGUAAUUAAUGGAUGACCCCUUAGAGGGACCCACAGAUUACCAGUUCGCCGGACGAUAAAUGCCGACAGGCCAAGAACAAGUGACAACUUGUUCGUAGCUCGUAGCUGUCAAAUUUUGCGUUAACUGGCAGGCCGAUAUCGUCCGGCUGACUGGUAAUCAGUGGGCCCCUUAAGUGUUGUUUUAUAAAUACAGGUUAGGAAUAUGAUUUCUGUGACACUUCAAACUAGAGAUGCACCGGAUAUCCGGUUACUAUCCGGUAUCCGGCCUAUCCGGCCAUUAUUUUACUAUAGGCCCGAUACCGGAUAGUGUCCUACUAUCCGGCCGGAUACCGGAUAGUAACAUUGCUUGAUUUCGGAGUAAACAAAUUGGAUUUAAGAAACAGACACGGUCAUAAUCGUACUUGAUUAUUAUUUUAAAACAAUUUAAUCAUCCCACUGACUUGCACGCACCCUCAUUUCGAACCUAGAAAUGUGUCCGCGCGAACGUUUACUAGGAAACAGGUCAAACCUGCAGAACGCGCACCUGAAAAACCAAAAUGUAGGUAUAGUAUAGUUCCACUGGCCGAAUAUUCGGCGGCCGGAUAUUCGGCGUAUGGUCAGGCCGAAUAUCCGGUAUCCGGCCAAACAACUAUCUGUUGCAUCUCUACUUCAAACCUUGUGAAAGUGACAAUAAAGUUUAUUGUCACUGAACUUUAUUGAAAUACACCUAUAACUUAUUGUCACUGCGACAAGAUAUUGUAUAGUCAGCAUUAAAGAGGAGACGAUCAAAGUGGCCUAAUAUACAAGUGGAACAAAUGCCUACUUGAUGUUUACUUUAAAUUUGUUAAUUUCAAUUAAUCGAUUUAUCCUGUUUGAUAUCGAUAUGUUCAUUGAUUGUAAAAUAAAACAUGAUGAUAAACUG